AUGUGGCCUCGGACGUGGCUUUUAAUUCCCCUGUGUGCAGCAGCCGUGUGCGCAGGUGCGAGCGGCGCAAAGAUCUACAGGAACGGCUCGUCAGAAAUGUGUCGUCAUCCGUGCGAUGAGCUUGUGGAUUUGAUCACAGAGAUCCAGGGUCUGCGGAUUGUCACCAACAACCUGCUGGAGGACCUGGAGAGAGUAUCUAAGGAAAACGAGGAGAUCCGGAUAUCUUUGGUUGAGCUGAGCAGCAGCAGCAGAAGCAGCAGCACCAGCAGCAGAAGCAGCAGCAGCAGCAGAAGCAGAAGCAGUAGCAGUAGCGGCAGUGAUGGUGGCGGCAAUGGAGAUGGGGAGGACAACGAUCUUGACAGAGACCGAGACGGAGAGGUGUGGUGUGUGCAGGAUGGACGAGUGUACGAGCAGGGGGACGUCUGGGAGACCGACAGCUGCACCUCCUGCUCUUGUCAGGACGGGAAGGUGGUGUGUCAGCUGGCAUCGUGUCCCCCGGUGUCCUGCAUCAAUCCGGUCUUUGUCGAUAGAAAAUGCUGUCUCGUUUGUCUCGCCAAUGAGGAUGGCUGGUCCCCGUGGACUGAGUGGACACACUGCUCUGCAACCUGUGGACGUGGGGGGCAGCAACGGGGUCGAUCUUGCAACGGCGUCAUGCCCUCCUGCACCGGGCCCUCACUUCAAACCCGCAGCUGCAUGCUGAUGAAGUGCGACCGCAAGACUCGUGUUGAUGGGAACUGGGGCCUUUGGUCUCCCUGGUCUGCGUGCACAACCACAUGCGAAGACGGUUACACCACACGAGUUCGUCUGUGCAACAAUCCUCCGCCACAGAAGGGGGGCAGGGGGUGCCUGAGCAGCGCCAGGGAGACACAAUCGUGCAACAACACAAUCUGCCCCAUUGCAGGAGGGUGGGCAGCCUGGAGUGAAUGGUCACAAUGCUCCGUGACUUGUGGUGGGGGGCUAAUAAGCCGCCAGCGAGAGUGUUCAAGCCCCGCCCCACAAAACGGCGGCAAACCUUGUGCCGGAGAAGCUGCGGACUAUGAAACAUGCAACAAACAACCGUGUCCUGUUGAUAUGUGCUUGCUUUCAAGUCCGUGCUUCCCCGGUGUGGAAUGCACAUCAAAAAGCGAUGGAUCUUGGGAAUGUGGACGCUGUCCGUUGGGUUUGAAAGGGAACGGCACGCACUGUGAAGAUGAAAAUGAGUGUGAAGUGGAGGGGGUGUGCUUUACAAAGUGCGUAAAUACAGAUCCCGGGUUCUACUGUCUGCCCUGCCCUCCUCGCUACAAAGGCUCGCAGCCGUUUGGCCUCGGACAACAGGAAGCCUCAAAAACUAGACAGGCGUGUGAACCACACAAUCCUUGCAAAGACAACACACACACAUGCAACCCGUUUGCAGAGUGUGUAUACCUCGGCCUGGCGUCUGAGGUGCUGUUCAAAUGUGUGUGCGCCGUUGGGUUCGCUGGUGAUGGCUUCCUGUGUGGUGAGGACCCUGAUCUGGAUGGCUGGCCCAGCGAAAGGCUGCCAUGCAAGCAGAACGCCACAUAUCACUGUGAAAAGGAUAACUGCCCCAAGGUGCCAAACUCUGGACAGGAAGACCUGGACAAGGACGGACAGGGGGACGCAUGUGAUCCUGAUGAUGACAAUGACAACAUCAUUGAUGAGAGGGACAACUGCCCGCUGACGUACAACCCUCGGCAGUUUGAUUCUGACGGGGACGGGGUUGGGGAUCACUGUGACAACUGUCCAUUUGACAGCAACCCGCAGCAGACUGAUACCGAUGACAACGGAGAAGGAGAUGCCUGCAGCAUCGACAUCGAUGGGGACGAAAAACUGAACGAGCAUGACAACUGUCCUUUUGUGUACAACACUGACCAGCGGGACACCGACCUGGACGGUGUUGGAGACCAAUGCGACAACUGUCCUCUUCUUCACAACCCGCUGCAGCUCGACUCUGACAGCGACCUGGUGGGGGACAUGUGUGACGACAACGAGGACAUCGAUGAGGACGGACACCAAAACUCCCUGGACAACUGUCCAUACAUCGCCAAUAGCAACCAGGCUGACCAUGACAAAGAUGGAAGGGGGGAUGCUUGUGACCAUGACGAUGACAAUGACGGUAUCCCUGACGACCGGGACAACUGCAGACUGGUCCCCAACAGAGACCAGCUGGACUCAGAUGGUGAUGGCAGUGGAGAUGCAUGCUUUGAUGAUUUUGACAAUGACAGCAUUCCAGACGCACUGGAUCCCUGUCCUAUGAACCAGGACAUCAGGUCUACAGACUUCAGGAAGUUUCAGGGUGUUCUGUUGGACCCUAAAGGCACCACGCAGUCUGACCCCUUCUGGGUGGUCCGCAGUCAAGGGACAGAGCUGAUGCAGACAGCCAACUCCGACCCUGGAAUUGCUUUAGGAUAUGACCAGUUCAGCUCUGUAGACUUCAGCGUGACAUUCUAUGUGAACACAAACCGAGACGAUGACUAUGCGGGGGUUGUGUUUGCCUAUCAGUCCAGUCGACGCUUCUACGUUGUCAUGUGGAAACAGGUGUCCCAGGCUUACUGGGAGAAAAGACCCUCCAAGGCUUUUGCCACUGCAGGCCUUUCCAUCAAACUGGUCCACUCCAGCACCGGACCAGGGGAGUAUCUCCGCAACGCACUUUGGCACACCGGAAACACUAGACACCAGGUCAGAACCUUGUGGCAUGACCCAAAUGAAAUUGGCUGGAAGGACUACACCGCAUACCGCAUGCAUCUUAUACACCGACCCAAAACGGGCUUCAUCAGGAUGGUUGUGUACGAGGGCAGGGACAUUCUGUCCGACUCUGGCGCGGUUUACGACCACACCCUGGCCGGAGGCAGGCUGGGACUGUUUGUCUUCUCUCAGGAACAUGUAAUCUUCUCAGACCUGAGAUACGAGUGCAGAGAUAACUGA